CAGAUUCGCUUUGGCAGUUGCCUUGUCCACACUUCCUUCCCCAAGGUUCCAGGACCGACUUGCAAUCCCGAGAGAGCAAUUUGUAAAACUACUCUGAAUUGAGGGUCGGCAUCGGAAACAUCUUCCUGGACAAGAUGACGUACCUGUCUGUGGAAUCAGCCAUCAUACACGAAGAUUACAAUGAUCUUCGUAUAGAUGACGGGGAUGACGUCGCCUUGAUUAAACUAUCGAAUCUGCUCAACUUCCAAAACAAUCCAUCGGUGCAGCCCGUGUGCCUGGCCGAGGCGGAGGACUUGAUGAUUGGGCAAGACCUGGUGAACUCUGGCUGGGGAAACAUCAUUCCAUCAAGGAACAAUAGUUCACCUAAUGAACUGUAUGAAGUAAGUCUCACCCACGUGGACCUGGAGAUUUGCUCAUACUUUGAGGAUGUACCAAGGGACCGACAGAAGGUUCUUUGCACCCUCAACGCUAACAAAUCCAGCUGUUACGGCGACAGUGGAGGGCCCCUGGUGGUGCAGCUGUGUGACGGACGAUGGGUGCAGGCAGGAGUAGUCAGCUACGGGACUGAAGACUGCACAGGGGUGGUUUUAUUCACAAGCGUCCCUUACUACAAAGACUGGAUAAUAAGAAACAUAGAAAAGCCCAUUUAUAUUUGCUGAGACGCCUCGCCCACCACUCGUGAUCAGAUGCAGGGACAACAACGCAUCUUCUUCAGAAAUAUUUUCAUGAAACUCAGGAUAUCUUAACUCUAGUUUGGAUUUUAUUUAAGGUAUUACCUUCAGCUUACAUUCCUAAAAAAAAACUUUUUCAAGCUGUCUCUUUUGUAUUUCUUCGUUAUUAUUAUUAUCAUUAUUAUUAUUAUUAUUAUUAUUAUUAUUAUUAUUAUUAUUAUCAUUAUUAUUAUUAUCAUUACUACAACAGCUAUUAUCAUCAAUUAUUAUUAUCAAUGCACCUUAUGCAG